AAGUGCGUCGUGCGCAGCGGCAGCGUUUUUCAAUCGAUUCCGUUUUCCGAGUUUCAUUUCCAAUACGUUUUCAUCUCUAGGCGAGCGUGUGUGCGUGCGUGUGUAUCUGUGACUGCAUCUAUGUGUGCAUUGUGUGUAUAUUCAAGUGCUGCAUAGUGUAGGCAGCAGGAACAUGCUGCAGUUGACAUAAAAUACUGAGCAAUAAGACGGAAAUAAGAAUCACACUAAACACUAAACUCUGAACUCUAAUCAGCAUGGAAAAUCCCAAUUUCAGCAGCGAGGCAGCACCAGCAGCAGCAGCACCCUCGGAAGGCGCCAGGAAUACCACCUCACCAGCGGCGCCGGGCGAGGAAUGCGGCUGCGUGCGCCUGGGUAAAUGCAAAUGGUUCAAUGUGGCCAAGGGCUGGGGCUUCCUUACGCCCAACGAUGGCGGCCAGGAGGUCUUUGUGCAUCAGAGCGUCAUACAAAUGUCCGGCUUUCGUUCGCUGGGCGAGCAGGAGGAGGUGGAGUUUGAGUGCCAGCGCACAGCGCGCGGCCUGGAGGCGACACGUGUUUCGGGACGGCAGGGCGAUGAUUGUCACGGCAGCACCUAUCGGCCACGCAUCAAUAAGAAAACUCGCCGCAUGCGCUGCUACAAUUGCGGCGAAUUCGCCAAUCACAUUGCCUCGGAGUGCGCGAUAGGGCCGCAGCCGAAGCGCUGCCAUCGCUGCCGCAGCGAGGACCAUCUGCAUGCCGAUUGCCCGCAACGCAACACCUCUGUGACACGAACCAGCAGGCGAAGCAAAAGCGUUGCCAACGACCAGCAGCCUGAAGCUGCUGUCGAGCCAACUCCCUAGCGCCAGCGACACGGGGUCACAUUUGAAGUUCAAAACUUGUAAAAAACAGAGCAACAACACCUAGCAAACGAAACGUACAAAACGCAUGAAAUCAAAGAAAUACCUCACGUACAGCCAACAACUGCGCACAAGUGCAGUCAUUGUGGCAUGCAAAACUAGACUUAAGGCGACGAGUGCAGAUGCAAAGGCAUUCUAACUAUAAUAUUUAGAGCUUAACUUUACCAGGUAGCAUGCUAAAGAAUACACUAAAGGCCAUUUAAUGAUUAGUUCCAAGCGUAAACUUUUAGAUUUGUAGCAUUUUAGAGCGCUUAAAGUCUGGAAG